AUGCUCCGGAGCCGGCAGCCCCGCGCUCCCCCAGCACCCCGGCCGCGCCUCCCGCUCCUCGCCGAUUCCCGGCACCCUCCCACGGCUCAGGCCCCCCGAACGGACCCCGGGCCCGGAGCGGGGAGGCGUCGUCGGGCAGAGCUCCGCCGCCUCCCCUCGGGCCGCGCGGAGGGGCCGCCCGACCCCAGCGCCGCUCCCCCGGUCGCUCACCCCCAUGGCCGCAGCCGCCGCCCCCCGCCCACCCUCGGCGCCACCGCCCCCCGCCCGGCACCGGAGCCCCGCGCUCCUCGGCUGCCCGACGGCGGGUGCACCCUGCGGGCAGCGGGACGCCGCGAGUGCCGGGUUCGGUGCCGGUGCCGCCCCGCCCGUACCUGCCGCCGCGUGCGUAGCGGAACCCGGUGCCGUGCCCCGCCGCGGGGCUGCCGCCCGCACCGAGCCGAGCACCCAGCCGGGGCCGCGGCGGGCGGGCGGGAGAAGCACGGCGCAUGCCUCGGCACCGCCCGCCGCGCCGCACGGGCACGGACCCCGGCCCGGCCCCCGCCCCCCGAGCAGCCCCGGCAGCGGCCGCCCGAGUCCCGGUGGGAGCCGCAGCUCCGCCGUUCCGCUCCCCGCUCCCGCGGGCGGGACAAGGAUCGCCGAGCCCCCUCCCCUGACCCGCCCCGCCCCCCGCUGCGCACCGCGACCCCCACCCGGGUGCUGUCCGCCGGGUCCCGCCCGUAA